AUGGGUCGUAUGGUCUUGGUACCUAUUGUUUUAAAGGAUGUAAUGGAAUUUUGGAUGUAUAAAGGACUUUCUGGAUUCCGAUUUGAUGCGGUCGAUUAUUUAUACGAAAAUGUUUCACUACUCGAUGAACCGUUUUUGCCGGGAAAGAGCAAUUCAACCGAAUACAUGGAUUUAGAUCAUGUAUACACUAGAAGUCAACCAGAAAAUAUUAUUAUUGUAUUAGAAUGGAGAGCGUUUAUGGAAAGUUUUACAAAAAGCAAGAAUCAGUGCCGGCCCUAG